AUGGUUGAAGAAACUACUUCAUCAGAUUUUAAAAAUGAAAAAUGGACAUUGAAGGAGGAGUCCCAGGACAUACCGUCCAUAACAGAAACCCGUCAGGAGGAAGAGGAGACCCUAAAUAACACAAAUUUGAGCAAAAAUCUCUCUGUACGUCAUUUGGUGACGCUGGCAGUUGGUGGUUCGAUUGGUACGGGUCUUUUCGUUAAUUCUGGUACAGCUUUGAGUGACGGUGGUCCAGCUUCCUUAGUGGUGGGCUGGGUCAUUAUUAGUACAUGUCUUUUCACUGUCAUUAAUUCGCUAGGUGAGCUAGCGGCUGCUUUCCCCAUUGUUGGUGGGUUCAACGUCUACAUCACCAGAUUUGUUGAUCCAUCCGUCGGUUUUGCAGUUAAUUUAAAUUAUUUAGCACAAUGGUUGGUCCUUCUUCCGUUGGAAUUAGUCGCAGCUUCCUUAACUAUCAAAUAUUGGAACGACAAAAUCAACUCAGACGCAUGGGUAGCAAUUUUUUACGUUACCAUUGUCCUGGCAAAUAUGUUAGAAGUUAAAUCAUUUGGUGAAACUGAAUUCGUAUUAUCAAUGGUGAAAAUUUUAGCAAUCAUCGGUUUUACCAUCUUGGGUAUUGUUCUGGCCUCAGGAGGUGGUCCAUCCGGUGGUUAUCUAGGUUUCAAAUACUGGAAUAACCCAGGUGCAUUCGUCGGUGGUACAAAUGCUUCCAAAUUUAAAGGUCUAUGUUCUGUCUUCGUUACUGCCGCUUUCUCUUUCUCUGGUAUUGAAAUGAUUGCUGUUUCAGCUGCUGAAAGUAAAAAUCCAAGAAAAGUCAUUCCAAAAGCUGCUAAGAGAACAUUUUGGUUGGUCACUUCAUCCUACGUUGUCAUUUUAACUCUAGUUGGUUGUCUUGUUCCAUAUAACGAUUCAAGAUUGUUGAAUGCCGCAACUUCUGUUGAUGCUGCCGCUUCUCCACUAGUCAUUGCAAUUGAAAAUGGUGGUAUCAAAGGUUUACCUUCCUUAAUGAACGCUAUCAUCUUAAUUGCUAUUGUAUCUGUCGCUAAUAGUGCGGUCUACGCUUGUUCAAGAUGUAUGGUUUCCAUGGCACACAUAGGUAAUUUACCAAAAGUUUUGAGUAAAGUCGAUAAGAAAGGUAGACCAAUGAACGCAUUGAUUGUUACAUUAAUUUUCGGUCUUCUUUCGUUCAUUGCUGCAAGUGACAAACAAAAUGAAGUUUUCACGUGGUUAAGUGCUUUAUCUGGUCUUUCUACAAUUUUUUGUUGGAUGGCAAUUAAUUACUCUUUGAUCAGAUUCCGUAGAGCCAUGCAAGUACAAAAUAGAAGCUUAGAUGAAUUACCAUACUUAUCGCAAACAGGUAUCUGGGGUGCAUGGUAUGGUGUCCUUGUUCUAUUUUUAGUCAUCGUCGCCUCUUUUUGGACUUCCAUGUUCCCACUUGGUUCAGCUCAUGCAGAUGCAGAAUCAUUCUUUGAAAGUUUCUUAUCGUUGCCUAUUUUACUAGUCUGUUAUUUUGGUCACAAACUAUAUUUUGCAAGAAAUUGGAGAUUACAAAUUGGUGCAGAAGAAAUGGAUAUCGAUUCAGGUAGAAAGAUAAUAGACGAAGAAGGAUUAAAACAAGAAAGAGAAGAAGAAGAAAAAGCCAUGAACAGUUCAUUCCUCAUCAAAUUCUGGCACGUUUGGUGUUAA